GGCUUUGGAGGAGGGUGAGUGAGAUUCUGAGUGUCCAUGUAUAUGAAUAUGUAAGUACGUGUGCAUGGGUGAGAAGGUGAGUGUGUGUGUGCCUGAGCUUGUAGAUAUCUCUGAGUGUGAGGGACACGGACUGCCACUGUAUCUGAGUGUGUGGGUGGAUGCGUGUGGCUAUGGGUUCUACAUCUGGAUGAGAGUCUGUGUGUGUGUGUGAGAGAGAGAAUGUGAGUGUGUGUGAGAAUGUGAGUGUGAGUGUGAAAAUAUGUGAGUGUAAGAGUGCUAGAAUAUGUGUGAGUGUGAGAAUGAGUGUGAUUGGGUGUGAAAAUCUGUGAGUGUGAGAAUGUGUGAAUAUGAGUGUGAGAAUGUAUGAGUGAGUAUGAGUGUGAAAAUGUGUGAGUGUGUAAGAGUGCUAGAAUAUGUGUGAGUAUGAGAAUGAGUGUGUAGGAGUGUGAAAUGUGAGUGUGAGUGAAAAUGAAUGUGUGACUGUGUGUGUGAGUAUGAGAACGUGUGAGUGUGUGUGAGUGUAUGAGAGUGUGUGUCACUGAACACCUCCUUUGGGCUAGGUUCUCUCCUCCUGAGCCUAGGAGACUGUACUAUGGCCGGCCAUUAGACUGUGCCUGCCAUUUAUUUCCUGGCAUCUCAGCCUGUGGGUUUCACCCUUUGAGCUCCUGGCCUACGCUACAGGGUCCAAUUGACCUUCAAAGAGAGUGAAUUAUCCCCAAUAACCCAGCAGUAGUUGGAAGCCCAGUUACACAUCAUUUCACAACUGGGCGUCGAUGUGGCAAGUGGAAUAUCUACAAAGCCCAUGGAUGACACUGAGGGAGAGAAAAAGAGUGGGGCUUUGCAGAGAAAUCUGGGCAGAGAAAGAAGGAUUGUGUUCCCAUGAACAUGGACGUGUACGGGACUGUGUGACUGGGAAGAAGGGGCUGGGAUGUACCACUCUAGAGGAUUCUGGAGGCACAUGUGGCCGCCAGCUGCCACUGCAUCGUGUACAUCCAUCACUACUCUCAUAGGGAGAUCAUGAGCCUCAUCAUGAGACAUUGUUUGAUUGCUUUUCAUCUCUUCUCUCAUGCUAUGUCCAGUGGGGCCUCCAUAACACCCUCCAAGCCCAUGUCUGUAUUGGACACCGUCCUGGGGGUUAUCUUCCUUUCUCAGACUGGAGUUGGGGUCCUGGGCAACUCCUUCCUUUGCUUUUACAUCUUCACUUUGUUCAGCAGCUGCAGGGCAAGGCCAAUGCAUGUCAUUCUGGCCCAACUGACAAUGACUAAUAUCAUAGGGCUCAUCUCCAGGGGAUUCCCAGAAGGUGUUUUCUAUUUGCAGAAAGGUUACUUACUGGGAAACCUAGGCUGUAAAAUGGUCUUUUACGUCCAAAGGGUCAGCCGGGGCCUCUCCAUUGGGACCACCUUCCUCCUGAGUGCUUUUCAGGCUGUCACCGUUAGUCCCAGCAACUCUAGGUUGGCCAAAGUCAAAGUCCAGAAGCUCAUCAGGCCCUCGUGUGUCUCCUUGUGGAUAUUCAACAUGAUCCUAGAAAUAAAUGUGCCAUUAUAUGUAACUGGACCGAGGAGCCACAACAGCAGUUACACAGGUGGAUUCGAUCUCCUUUACUGCUACUGGGGAACGGUGUCACAAGGAAUUACUAUCCUGCCCUCCCUUCGAGAUAUCCUUUUUGUCGGAGGCUUGGUCUGCUCCAGCGGCUACAUAGUCUUUCUGCUGGACAGGCAUCAUCAGAGAGUCCAGUACAUUCACAGCGAGAGCCUCUCCUCAGGGACAUCUCCAGAGCUCAAGGCCACUGAAACGGUGCUGAUGCUGGUGAGCAUCUUUGUUUGUGCUUACUGCAUCAGCUGUGGCAUCACGCUCUACAAAGUGUACGUGACUCACCUUGGUGUCCAGGUGAUGAAUGUGGGUACCUUUGCUACAUUGUGUUUUCCAACCAUCAGCCCCUUUUUGCUGAUUCACAGGGGCGCAGUUUAAUAUGAGGCUGUGCUGCCUGGCAGAGGCCAAGACUCCAUUCUGGAAGUAGCCAUCAGGCUUUACAGAUUGAUUUUUCUCUGGCUAAAACUCCUUAGUGAAAGCCCCCGCCUGACACUCCCUUAUCCUAAUGAGGAAGUCAAAGUGGACUCGGAUCUCUGGUUGUUGGAGCUGCAACUGUUCUCAACCAGAAGAAAACAGAAUAAAUGGGCUUGGAGGACUUGGCAGCCAUUUGGGCAUAUGCUCCCCUCAGCUUAGAGUUUGACAUGUUAAGCCUUCUGUGUCAGCCCUUGCCAACCUGACUCCAAACUCUCUUUCCAGCAUCGUUGGUUGUCACUCCUCCUCCAGUCCUUUAGUGCUGGAGGCCAAUGUACCCCGACUGAUUGACAAGGUCCAAGGAGGCAAGGUCAGCAAAGCAGAGCCCAGAAUGAGGGCCCCCCACUGAUUCCCCUUUUGUGACUUCUUUCCCCAAAUUUUCCCCACUAGUGGACUUGCUAUGAUUAUUAUUUUCUCUACAAUACAGGAGAAAUAACAUGAGAGCAAAUACUAAUAGAAUCAAUAAAUAUAUAGCCUACUUUAAGCCCCCCAGGUUAUUACCCCCAAAAGACUGCAAUUACAGAAUGAAAGCCCAAAGAUUACUGCCCAUGACCCCUCCUUUCCCAAGCACAAGACAUGCUCCAAGGCCCUACAGUAAACACCAGCUGAAAGCUUGAGGACUAUAAUGAAUCUUGUCCCACAGUUACCACACUCGAGUGAAUUUGUUGGAACAGAAGCCAAACAGCAUUGCCAGGCACUUGAAAGUAACACAAGAAAAACAGAACCUGUAAAUUGAGGAAAACCCCAAAAUUGGUCUGCCUGACGUCCUCACACCUAGAUAGGAAGAUGUUUUGUUGUUCAUCUCCCAAGCAAUUAUGCUGGAGAGUGAAAGCUGGCCAAAAGCACAGUGAUCCUCUCAGCAGGUCAAGGCGUAAUAACCUACAAAUGGCUUUAUUCACAUUAAUCAUAUCUAUGACAGAGUGUUGUAGAAACCUUGUAAAUGAUCACAGAAUUCUUUGUUGGAGUAACAGCACAAGAGUGUUGUUUAGGUGAUUUGAUAAUAUCCAAUCAAACUGUAGAAUGUCACAUAUGUAGAGAAUUGGUUAUGUGUGUGUACCCAAAACUAUAUAAUAAAUGUACCAUGGUACUAUGGCAGAGCACUGCGUGCGAUGCCUGCAUACAUGGGCUGAAUGCACGGUGUCUCUCACCUCAUUUAUCAGACCGUGACGUCAUACUUGGGCAGACAAAUUCUGGGUCCUCGGAGAGGCCACUGGACAGACCUCUGUACUUUACAUUCCACCCAAAUCUUAAUUCUCUUUGGUUAUCACACACUCUGUUAAUGCUCUUCCUGCUUUGGUGCUGUCUUUCCCCGUACACAGGGAUAUUAAAACACUUCCUCCAUCUUCUGGCUCUCACAGAGACAUAGGUCAGUUUUGGAAAGAGAGACAGACAGACAGACAGACAGACACAGACAUAGAAACAGAGAGAGAGACAAAGAGUCAGACAAAGACAGAGAAGGGGACAGACAGACAGAUCCAGUGACAGAGACAGAAAAACAGAGACAGUGACAAAGAGAUAGACACAGUCACAGAUUGAUACAGAGAAACAGAGAGAGGGACAAGGAUCAGAGACAAAGUCCAUAGACUCAAACACAAUCCUUCUGCCCUCUCCCAUUGUUACACCAUAAAUGUCUGAAUCAAUACUUCAGAGAUGCUACUCAAUCUAUCAUUUGCAAUCAGGACUGUUACAAAACUGAUUUGAUUUCUGUUUAAUUGGCAAGGGACUCUUCAAUGGGGAGUUCUAAAGUCUGUCUGUGUAAGUCCUUUGACUUUUAAUGCUCAGGUUCAAAUUGAGCUCGACCUUUUCCUCUGUAUUUCAGCUCCUGGGUUCCUCCUGCUCAGGUUUUGGAAUUUCCUAUCUUUUCUUUGGAAACAGAUGUCUCUCAGACCCAUUAUGUGUCCUGUGUUCUCUGUCUACAGCACAAUAACUAACCUUUUGUACUGAUCUAAAAGGGUUUUCUUAUAAGUCCUUGAAAUUAAAAAAAAAAACAACAACUAAGUUCCGGAAUUCCAAUCAGGCUG